AUGACCACCGUCCCCACGGACUCCUACGCCAACCGGCCCCUCGCCAGACUCUUCAUCAAACCAUACAUCCGGUUCGCCCCCGUCAUCUUCAUCGCAGCCAGCUGCUUCAUAUUCGGCGUCGCCAUAGUGCUGAACCAGAAAUCCCCCGUGCGCACCGACAAAAGCUGUCAGAACCAGAACGACCCCGUGUUCUGGGAGACGCUGGGACAGGUGCUGCUGCGGGUGCUGCUUGUGGUGUGCAUCCUGCGCGCCUAUGAGGAGCCCGUGCACGAGAGGGUUCUGAAACCCAUAUUUUAUUCGGCGGUUGGGUUGGCUGUCUUCUUCGACAUCCUGGCGUUGGUGCUGUAUAGCACUGUCUGUGGGGGUAAUGGAUGGCUGGCGAACUUGUUGCUGCAGUGGGGAGGGAGUGUUGCGGCUGUGCUGGCGGCGUUCAUGUUGGCUACCUAUAAGGACGGCCCCUGA